GAGGGCCACGGUUUACCUGGAGCACGGGCAGCCGCGAACAACCAAAGUAAUGCAAGCCCUGUGGCUGAAGCAGAGAGCUCAAGCAUCGUCAUUCCAGCGAGUGGAUUUCAAGAAGAUGGUCGCAUGAAUGUUGACCUUUCUAAACAUGCAACUGCUUUUCUUCUUCAAGCCAGAGAAACCCAUCGACUGACACAGAGAGCUGUUAACCAAAUGGUGAGUGGAGUCCAGCAAUAUCAGGCCGCAUUAUUGGAGCACCUAAAACAGCAAAUGAGCGACAUGAUCGAGAGACAUUCUGGGGACCUGGAUCUACUAAAGAGUGAUGCAAUGGGGAUAUUUGACCAGUUUGUUGACCCUUUCUGUCAAAUUACUUCCACCCAUUUGCAGGAUAAGACCAUCAAAGAACUGUUAAAACCAGUUGAACCAGAGAUUCUUGUCGCAAAACAAACAGUAUGUUAUGUGAAAAAUGGAGACUCCCGAGUUCUUACCAUUAAGGACCAUUCUUUUCAUUAUAUACCGUUGGUGAAAAGUUUGGAGCAGCUGCUGUCACAUCCAAGAAUAAUUGCAAUGAUUGAUAAGAGGCCACAGGCAUGCAAGGAUGGAUUUUUUCAUGAUUUCAUUGAUGGAGACAUUUUUAAGUCGCACCCACUGUUUUUGAAAUUUCCCACAGCACUGCAGUUAAUUUUAUAUACAGAUGAAAUUGAGCUAUGCAAUCCUCUUGGAUCUCGGGCAAACAAAAACAAAUUGUUAUUGAUUUAUUACACCUUAGGUAACAUCAACCCUAAAUACAGAUCGAGACUUGCUGCCAUUCGUCUGCUUGCCAUGGUAAAAUCAAAAGAUCUUUCCCAUUGUGGUAUUGAUGAGAUAUUUGAGAGGAUUAACCGUGACUUAACUGAGCUGUAUGAUGGUGUCCAGAUUGUCACUGCAAAUGGUGAGAGGACAAUUUAUGGGGCACUUAUGUCUGUGUGCGGAGACACUCUUGCUCAGCAUGAAGUGGCUGGAUUUAAGAUAGGAGUGGGAUUUGCCUACAGUAAGUGCAGGCACUGCGAGUGCAACUUUGAAGACAUGCAGGAGCAAUUUAAGGAAGAUAUGUUUGUUAAAAGGACAAUGGCAAGUCAUAACAAGCAAUGCAAUGACAUUGAAAAGGCAAAUACUGACUUUCUGAAAGACAAUCUAAAAAUGACAUAUGGCAUAAACAGGAGAAGCAAAUUAUCAGAAUUUCCUCACUUUGAUAUAAUCAAUCAAUCCCCACAAGACAUCAUGCAUGUCAUUCUUGAAGAUUAA